GUUGCAGAAGCAGGCAUGAAAAGAGCUGUAUCAGGCUCCCAAGGAAGAAGAUGAGACUCCAUUUAUUUCUAGUAAUUUGCCAGUGUGUCAUAAACAGUGUCAGUACCCACCAUGCUUCAAAUCCCAAUGUCAUUUUACUGAUGGCUGAUGAUCUUGGUAUUGGAGACCUGGGAUGUUAUGGGAACAGAACCUUAAGAACCCCUAAUAUUGACAAGCUAGCAGAGGAAGGAGUGACACUUACUCAGCAUAUAGCAGCAUCCCCACUUUGUACUCCAAGCAGGGCAGCUUUCCUGACAGGGCGAUAUCCUAUCAGAUCAGGAAUGGCCGCCUUCUCACGAGUUGGUGUCUUCUUAUUUUCCGCCUCUUCUGGGGGACUUCCUUCUGAAGAAAUAACUUUUUCCAAACUCCUGAAGCAGAGAGGUUAUACAACAGCUCUAAUAGGAAAGUGGCAUCUUGGGAUGAACUGUGAAAGUAGCAAUGACUUCUGCCACCACCCCCUCAGUCAUGGAUUUGAUUACUUUUACGGGCUUACCGUGACCAAUUUUAGAGACUGCAAACCUGGCCAAGGCAGCGUGUUUUUAAAAGGGGUUCAGAAAUCCCUUGUCAUCCCAAUCCAAAUUGCUGGAAUCACCCUGGUCUCUUUGGCAAUAGUACAGUACAUUGGUCUCCUCAAAGUACCUUUCCAAGCAUUGGCUUACUGCUUGUUAAUAACCGCUAUUUCACUUGCGGUUUUGAUCUUUUUCUUUUAUCAUUUUCGACACCUGAACUGCUUCUUAAUGAGGGACCAUCAGAUUAUCCAGCAACCACUAUCCUAUGAGAACCUUACUCAGAGACUGACAAAGGAAGCCGUGCAGCUUAUAGGAAGGAAUACUGAUGCACCAUUUCUUCUUGUCCUGUCUUACCUUCAUGUCCACACUGCUCUAUAUGCUUCAGAAAGUUUCAGAGGAAAAAGCAAGCAUGGUUUAUAUGGGGAUGCAGUGGAGGAAAUGGACUGGAGUGUAGGGCAGAUUCUGGAUGUGCUGGAGAAAUAUAAUCUGAGUAAUAAAACUCUUGUAUACUUUACGUCUGACCAAGGGGCUCAUAUUGAAGAGAUCUCCAGUUCUGGAGAAGUCCACGGAGGAUACAAUGGCAUAUAUAAAGGUGGAAAAUCAACGAACUGGGAAGGAGGUAUUCGUGUGCCAGGGCUUCUCCGUUGGCCUGGAGUCAUACAAGCUGGUGCCUAUAUUGAUGAGCCAACAAGUAACAUGGAUAUAUUUCCUACCAUAGUCAAACUUGCCGAGGCACAGUUACCCUCUGACAGAAUUAUUGAUGGACAUGAUCUGAUGCCCUUACUUCAAGGAAAAGUUACCCAAUCCAAGCAUGAAUUUCUCUUCCAUUACUGUAAUGCAUAUUUAAAUGCAGUGCGCUGGCAUCCAGGAAACAGCAAAUCUGUCUGGAAAGUCUUCUUCUUCACUCCAAACUUCAGUCCUGAAGACUCCAAUGGUUGCUACGAUUCUCAUGUUUGCUUCUGCCAUGGAGGAUUCAUCACGCGGCAUGAUCCCCCACUGCUCUUCGAUCUUUCCAGAGACCCUGAAGAGAGAGUCCCGCUGACUCCAGAAACGGAGAGCCAUUUCUAUGAAAUCCUCAGGGUCAUACACCUAGCGGUAGACAAUCACACCAGAUCCCUGCAUGCUGUCCCUGACCAGCUGUCAUGGGACAACCUUCUCUGGAAGCCGUGGCUCCAGCCAUGCUGCUCAUCUCUCUUUCAGUCUUGUUACUGUGACUAUGACUCAGAAGGGAGUCUGUCAGAGGUGCACCCAGGAUAAACAAGCUGCAAUUCCCUUUCAGAAACUGGAACAAGAGAGUGUAGGUAGCUGACUUGAACCACCGCAGUACUAGCCUUCAGAAAGUUUUGUUAUAUAGGAGGACCUGGCUUUAAAUACAUCAUUGUGGGAGAAGAUAAUUUUGGUCAAGAAAAUGUGCCAAGAGAAGGAGGGCAAGACACACCUUUUCUGUCUUUAUAAUACAAGAAUCAGUAUGAAGCACAUGUUGCCAUCCUCAUCUACAAAUGGGUAGGCUGUAGGCAUUUUCUAGAUGAGAUCAUUUUCUACAUCUUCAACUUCAGAUUUUUUCUUACACAGCAAGGAAUUUACCUACAGUUUCUGUCAAUUACAACCACUAAAUACACACUUUCCUGUCCUUUUUGCUAAGUAUUACCCACUGUUAGUAGGACAUAGCACUGAGUAAUUAAAAAUAGAGAGAUAAUAGUGGAGAGGUCUACCUGUGACUAUAAUUUGAUAACUCACAGAUAGGUAAAAAGCAGACCUGUAACAGCAUCUCUAUCAACAAGCAUCACGGAUAUGAAAUAAUAAACAGAUUGCCAACAAUCUAACAUUGCGUGUGCCAUAAAAAUGUAGAGAGCUAUGUAGCAGAAGACCUUGCGUCCACAUUAAAAUGGUGCUCCCUAGCUGCCUAUUGCAUGGCAGCAACCUUUGUUUCAAAAGGAAACCACUUCAAGUGCACCAGUCAUGUGCUUGAGUGUGUACCGUAAGUCUCCAUAUAUAUAUAUAUAUAUGCAAGCCAAAUUCAUAACCCCCAAAACCCACAAAUCCUUCAAUCCCUGAUACAGACACACCCUUAUGGUCAUAUGAAUGAUUGCUAAAAUGAAAUAUUUGGUCCAUACUUGAUAUAUGAGUUCCAAAUUCACAUGAUACUACAAAGAUAUCUUUCACUAUCUGUCUCCCAUACCUAUUCUACCACUGAUGAAUGUAGUGCACGUCACAAAUAAAUAAAAUUUGAUCUUCCUUUAAAUAUCUUUGCCAUCAUUUAAACUCUCUGAAUAGGAUCUACCAUUUUCUGAGAAAAAAAUUGGGCUUGAGCACUUGAAGCCAAAUAUAACUGUCUCUGAGUUUUUAGCAAGGCCUUGGGAAAUCUAGAGUACUUCAGGGCUAAUUUCUGUAUCCAUUUGUAUCUGCAUCUUAUUCAGUCACAUUUUAUUUCCACUCUACAGGCAGGCAACCUAUUUUCUUUGGCAGAUUGUACCAGAGGAAAACAUAUCAGCAAAAUACUAAAAUGGUUUGGUGCCUGCUAAUAGAAGGUGACUUGCUCCUUAUCAGAAAAUGCUAGUUAAUUCCGACAUUAUAAUGUAUUAAAAUCUCUUUGGUGGUAUAAGCACAUCACUAAUGCAAAACUGAUCUGUGACGAUAGUAAUGCAAUAGCUUCAGUCAGUCAACAUUAAGGUUGUGACCUGGUUUUUGGGAACUAUUGAAGCCUGUCCUAUAAAAAUAUAUUGUGAUAUACGGUAUUUUUCUCUGUCUGUAAAACCUACUCUUUAUUUGAUUUUUCUGCUGCAGUUUCAUUCAAAAUUUCAUUGUCAACAAUAUCCAGAUGCCUGUCGUGGGAAAUGUUGUGGUCUUUCCUUGAAGUCCUAUUUUUGAUGUUUCACCUUGUGUUCAUGAUUGUGUAUCUUAAGUAUGUGCUCUGCAAGCUCUCUGUAGGUAGCAAAGUCCUGUGUAUGCUGAUAAAGUUAGUCUGUUCAGGUAUUUCCACCACUCAGGACUGUUUAUAUUGUACCUGGAAAUCUGUCAGAUGGCCAUUCAUGUGGCAUAAUUCCUUCUUUGC